AUGACGGCUCUUUCAUGCGUGGAGGAGGACGUGCUGCGCUGCUGCGGCAGCAAAAGGUUCGCCAAGGAGAUGGUCUCGGCCUCCCCCUUCACCGAUCUCGACCACGCCCUCCGAUCCGCCUGCGACAUCUGGUUCGACAAGGAAUUGGUGGAAUGGAAUUUUCGGCACAGGGAGAAGUUUGGGUUCGUGUUCCUCAUAUGCGCAUCUGGGAGGGGCAUGAUGGAGAUCCUUGCUGAAUUAAAGGUCCCAUUUUUCUGA